AUGAAUCCAAUGAGACGAGUUCGAAUUCAGAAGCUGUGCAUCAACACGAACGUGAAGCCGAAGGAGGGGAAGCUGGAGAAGGCGGUGGCCGUUCUGAAGCAGAUCACGGACCAGGAGCCGUUUGUGAGCAAGUCGCGCCUGACGAUCAGGGGCUGGGGAAUCCGCCGAAACGAGAAGAUCAGCACGUCGGUGACCGUGAAGGGCGAGAAGGCGCGAAGGCUGCUCGAGGACGCGCUGAAGGUGAAGGAGUUCGAGCUGCCUGCGACGUGCUUCAGCAACAACGGCUGCUUUGGAUUUGGAAUUGAGGAGCACAUUGAUCUUGGAAUCAAGUUUGAUCCAAGCAUUGGGAUAUUUGGGCUGAAUUAUUUCGUGGUUUUGGAGAAGGCUGGGACACGAGUGAGCAAAAGGAGAAGAUGCACGUCUCGCGUUGGGAAGAAGCAGCGAGUUGUGACCGAUGAGGCACAGGAGUGGUUUAAGACGAACUUUGAUGGAAUAAUAAAAGAGGAUAAUUAA